CGUGAAACCAAGACUGAUCAAUAUGAUUGACAACGUUCAAUAUUGAACAUUCAAUAUUCAGCGUUCGACUGUGACCCACAACAUGCAGGUACAAAUUCUCAGCGACCUCCAUCUCGAGAUCGAAAGACAAGGCGGUGCUCCUGGUCGCGAGUUUUAUCACUACGACAUUCCGGUUCGCGCAGAGCACCUAGCCUUACUUGGCGACAUCGGAUGGACGGUUGAUGAACGACUUUUCCAAUGGCUUAGGGAUCAAUUGAAACUGUUCAAGACCGUUUAUUUCGUGUCUGGAAAUCAUGAACCGUACCGAUCAUCAGUCAAUGAAUCCACUUCGAUGCUGGAAGCCUUUGUCAACGAUGUUAAUUCUGAUCCGACCCUCGGAAAGUUCAUUUAUCUGAAUCGCACCCGCCACGAUGUCUCUCCAAAGUUGACGAUCCUAGGAUGCACCCUGUGGUCUGCUUUGAACCCAGACGAUCUAGAUAUCCUCUCAUGGUCAUUGACCGACUUUCGGCGAAUUGAAUCCUUCAACCCUGACAAAUAUGUCGCCCUCCACCAAGCCGACCUCGAGUGGCUUAACGCAACUGUUUCUGCCAUUGUAAGGAAUGAACCUCAGAGGGAGAUAGUCGUGUUUACCCAUCAUGCUCCUACGCUGGAUGGAACCGGUGACCCCAAAUUUAACCACCAGCCUACCAACUCGGCAUUCGCGACAGAACUGACCAGUGAAAUAUGUUGGACUAGUGGGAAAGUUUCUCUAUGGGCUUUUGGCCAUACUCACUGGUGUUGCGAUUUUAUGAGGGGUGGCGUUAGGGUAUAUAGCAACCAGCGGGGAUAUGGAGAGGGGAAAGGAGGAUAUAGUGCGGAUAAAAUAAUUGAUUUGUGAGCAAAUAGAUAUCUCUCGAGACAUCUAGUCGUUCUGUCAGUAGUUUCCAUGCAACUUCCAAGUAAAAACAACCUACCAGAUGUGCUGAGCCGUGUAAACUGAACUGACAGUAUCUUUAUCUUCAUGCUAGGGCACGAGCCAUAGAUACAGAUUCAUUUCUGUGAAACUACACCAUUUCAGCUAUGUAGCUCUUUCUCAAGGCAGAGACAACAUAAACAACCAUUGCAAAAAGAAAUAAUAAUUCAAGACUCCCUAGGCACAAUGACCAUUGCCUCAGAAAAAAAUUUUGAUAUAUUCAUUCUUCCUAGCGAAGGCAACAGUUCUUCUGUC